AUGGCAGUGGUCCUCGAGGAGAAAUCAUCAUCUCCGCUGUCCUUCUUAACGGACAAUGUCCUCGCCGCAGCUAUCAAUGACACCUUUUCCAAUCUCUCGGAAAAGCGGAAGCUGUUAGGUCUGGAGAAUCCAGGGACUGUCGAUAAUAUCGCGCGCGAAGUGCAAAAGGAUGUCCUUCUUUCUAAUUUCAUGUUCUCUGGCCUGCGGUGCGACCUUCAGAAAAUCUUCAGCGUUGCACCUCUUUUCCGGUUACAACAUGGCUUUGCCAUGGGCUCCCAGGCUCUACCACCUUGGCAAUUGAUGGCGCUCUAUGGAAAUUCUAAUGUUUUCUUGCAAGCUGCCUACUCGAGCGAUAAAUCAUUGACCGCGUGGGGAAAUUGGAGAUGGUCACCCAAAUUUGUGACAAAGACACAGACUGCAAUUGAUCCAAGGCAAGCACAAGCUAUGGUCCAAAUUGACAACGAGUAUACCGGCGAUGAUUUCUCCGCCUCCGUCAAAGCGAUCAGUCCUUCAAUCCUCGAGGGCGGCCUUACCGGCAUUGUCAUUGGCAGCUACCUACAGAGCUUGACCCCGAAAUUGGCUAUUGGUUUGGAGGGAGUGUGGCAGCGCGCCGCACUAAACUCCAAGCCGGAGACAGCGAUGUCUUAUUGUGCUAGAUAUAGAGGAACAGAUUGGAUCGCAAGUGCACAAUACCUAGCUCAAGGCUCGCUGGGAGCGUCAUACUGGAGACGUUUGACGGAUAAGGUGGAGGCUGGUGUCGAUUGUCAGCUCCAAUUUGCACCAGGCAUGGGUGGUGGAAUGUUCGGUGGUAUGAGACGAGAAGGAACAACAACUGUUGGUGUCAAAUACAGCUUCGCUACCUCAGUAUACCGGGCGCAGAUUGACAGUGCUGGCAAGUGUGGCGUCGUCCUGGAGAAGCGGGUGGCACCACCCGUUACCUUGACCUUUGCGGCUGAGAUUGAUCAGUGGAAGAAUACCCACAAGCUUGGUCUCGCCGUCUCGCUGGAAGGAGCACCGGAGGAAUUGCAGGAGAUUGCUGAGCGAGCCGAUCAAAACGCACUACCACCGCCAAUCUAA